GAGCAGCGGGGGCUACAGAAGAGAAGAAGAGGAGAGGAGCGGAGGGGAGGCACGUGUUACACAGACUCUACUGGAUUAAGUCCCUUACAAGCCGUCUGGUGACUGAGUUGGACUAGCAGCACAGGACAAACCUGCAGGAGUCCAAUCAGCCUCAAUACAGAGCAUCAGGACAAACGAGAUACAGCAUCUGCACUGUUACUGCUUUAGACGAGUCUCUCCGAAGAGCCAAGAGCAGGAUCAUCAGACGGAUUACAUGUAAAUGCACAUGGUCUCUGAACGGCUGGUGACCUUGGAGAGGAGGAGGCUGAGAAAGACACAGUAAGCAGCAAGAGACAGUUUUACAGGAUUUAGAAGACGAGGACAGAUAGGAGUGUAAAAAAGCAGGCCUGAAGAUACGGAUCUAGAAGCCGACUAUUCGAUCAGUUUGGCUGCAUUCAUCCCACAAAAUGCAUCCAGCAAGCUCAAGAAAGAGCGAGCGGCUUUUCUUCUUCUUCUUCUAUGCCAUCAGUCUUUCCAUAUGCACUGGGACAGGAAUGCCGGGUUCAGACUACAACCCUCAUCCUCGCUUCAUCUGCACCCCUAUUCCCGCUGAUGCCGAUCCCGGGUGUUUCCCCACAGCAGGCGGCCCCGGCGGCCCCGGAUCCGGACACCACGGUGGGAACAGCAACGGCUGGUGGGCAAUGUCCGAGGAGGCCAAAGCGACGAUCCUGCACCUGCGGGAGAGUUUGGUGCAGCAGAAGGAAACCAUCCUGGACCAGAGGGAGACCAUCCGAGAGCUCACCGCCAAACUGAACCUGUGCGAGGGUUUGAGCCGCACACCCACACACCUGGCCCAUCACGCCUACCCCACGGCACCCGACACCGGACACCUCGGGCUGGAGCUGGGCCACUAUGGUGACGGGGUCGGAGGGCAUCACGCUGGGAAAGGUGCGCUGAGCGAGAAGCACGUGGCAGGGGAGAUUCCUUCACCCUCGUCCACGCCGGAGCAGAUGAGCAAGAUGCUGCAGAGCCUAAAGCAGCGGCUGGACAACCUGCAGACGAGAAACACCUCCAGCAGCUACUCCAGCUCACUGAAGGACCUCCUGCAGAGGAAGAUCAGCGCUCUGGAGCAACAGAUGCAGCACCAUCACUCUGCCUCGCUAACCAGCGCCACUCACUCCGACCACGAGGAUGAUGAUGAUGAUGACGGUCACCAUGGCGACGAUCAUGACGACAGAGACCACGACAGCCAUGACGACCACGGUGAUCCUCACGAUGAGAGUCACCACAGUGAUCACCAUGACGACGAUCACCACGACGACGAUCACCAUGACAACAACAGCCACCAUGACAACGGACACCAAGACUACGGUCACCAUGACAACAAGGCUUCCGAGCAUGGCUUCGAGAGGUUGUCGUAUAACCUGCAAGGUCACAGAGAAGCACAGGGUGGAGUGCACAGCAAACUGGACGCGGUUCUCAGUCAGCUGCAGCACAGUCUCGCUGACACGGGAUCUGGAAAGAAGAGCAAACCCACGGAAGCUUUCCAGAUCGGCUUCCCCAUGAGAACCAACUACAUGUACGGUCGUGUGAAGCGCUCGCUGCUGCACGAGAUCUUCUCCUUCACGCUGUGUCUGUGGAUGAAGGCUGGCAUCGGGGCGGGGCUCGGGACCCCCUUCUCCUACUCCGUGCCCGGACAGGCCAACGAGCUGGUGCUCAUCGAGUGGGGAAACAACCCCAUGGAGCUGCUGGUCGAUGACAGAGCCAUGACUUUACCGCUCUCGGUGAAUGAUGGUAAAUGGCACCAUGUGUGUGUGACGUGGUCGACGCGGGACGGCCUGUGGGAGGCCUAUCAGGAUGGAGUGAAGAGAGGCUCAGGAGAAAACCUCUCGCCCUGGCAUCCCAUCAAACCUGGAGGAGUCUUCAUACUGGGACAGGAACAGGACACACUGGGUGGCCGCUUCGACGCGACGCAGGCGUUCGUUGGAGACAUCGCAGACGUUCAGAUGUGGUCUCAUGUUCUCACGCCACACGACAUCUACAGCCUGGCCUCAUGUGGAGGUCACAUGACCGGUGACAUCAUCGCGUGGGCGGAGUCAGUGGUGGAGCUGCACGGCGGGGUCACCAAAUACCCCUUUGACCCGUGCCACUAAAGAGAAGGACAGUCCAUUCACAAGUGAUUUCAAAGCAUUCUGACGACUCGUAACCUGAUCGCAAUGCAAAACUUAUUCAAUAUUGCCUUCGGUUUACAUGAGAACCUUGAACGACCCCGUGACCUCUAGGAUUUCAACAGGGACCCGUUUUGUAUCAUUUCAGUGUUUUGUGUAGCGAAUGUUUUCUUACUGAACUUUGUUUAUUUUUCAUUUUUAUUCUACAAAUG